UGACGUUGGCAAAAUCAUGUUUUGGCGAAUAAUUGAGCCAUAACACAAAAAAAAGUUCGUUUGUUUUGUUUGUUGUAAAUUUCCAUCUUUUUUCCGUAACGUUUUUGUAGUUUGUACCCUAAUUUAAUUAAAUAAUGCAAAAGUUAAAAUCUGAAAAACAUGUUCACUUAACAGAAAGUGUAGUACGUAAACUUGCCCAAAACCGGAUAACCACUAUUCUUGAGUUCCUUCACGAAGAUUCUGAUAAAAUAUCAAAUCUUACUAAACUGAGUUUACCGCAAGUUCUUGAAAUAAGAAGCGAUAUUUUAAAUAAGUAUUCUGCUCCUAUAGUGAAUGGUAGUACACUCUUCAAUCAGUUUUCUAAGAAAAAAGUUUUGAGCACUGGCAUAGUAAGUCUAGAUGAUGCAUUGGAUAAUGGCUUACCAUUGGGAUUUAUAACUGAAAUAUGUGGUCUUUCUGAUUCAGGAAAAACACAACUGUGUUAUCAAGUUGCUAUCAAUUGUGUUAUAAACGCAGAAAAUACAGUUCUAUACAUUAAUACUAAAGGAGAUUUUUCCGCUGUAAGAAUUCAAAAGAUUUUAGAAGGCAUGGGUUUAUCGCACAAGGAUAUGGCAUUGAUAAUGUAUAAAAUAAGAGUGGUGUUUAUAUGGACUAUGGAGGAGCUGAUAGAACUGUUGCAAAAAAUAAAAAACAAGACAAUAGUUAUUCAGAAUUUAUCAAUGAUCAUUCUUGACUCGUUGCCUUGUCUCAUGUUUCAACAUCUUGGAGACUCAAACAAGACCGGAUUGGCAUAUUUAAAUAUGAUGGUGAACUACAGCCGAUAUAUCUGUGAUACGUUUAACAUAGCUUUUGUAUGUGUUAAUAUACUGACACGAUGGAUAGAACAUGAUGUUUCUGAUCUUGAAGAUGAGGAAGAAACUGUUUCAAUUUCAAAGGAAGUGUAUUUGGAAAGGAGAAACCGGUGUCUGGGAAAAUAUUGGCAACACAUUCCUGUAACUGUAGUGAUAUUAGAAAAAGGACAGAUACUAAUGAAACCAAAUGGGAAUAAUUCUCAAGUUAUAAGUGCUACUGUUGUUAAGAGAAACAAUUUAGAGUGUUAUCAUAGUUUUACCAUUGUAAUAAAUGAUUUAGGUGUCACAAUGCAAUGAAAAGAUAGGGUUUCAAUAACUUUUCAAAUAUAUUUCAGUACUAAGUACCACUGUUACUGUCUGUGCACUAUUAAUGGAGUUUUAAAAUGUUUGUAUUUGAUUAUACAAUCCAUCCAUCUCUAUUUUUUCCACUACUUAA